GUCAUCCCGACACUCAGAGCUUGAGGCCAGUGCCAUUCACACUUGCCCUAUUCUGCAGCAGACAGCUCCAGCUCCUUUAAUCCCCCUAGUUCUCCCCACCCCCCAAAAAACUUUUCUUGAGGAGUAACAACUAUAGCUCUGGGGGAUAAUAUAGCUUUAAGACAAUUUUUGGCAGAUGCAAACAUCCCAACAUCUGGGCAGUGUUACCAGAAUCCCGGAGGCCCUGACAGACCAGGAGCCACUGGUUCUAGGAAUGUUAAAGUAGAAGGAUUUUUCCCCCGACUGAUGAGAGGAGCAGAGAGCAAGGAAAAAGAGGAGAGAGAACGAGACCGCAAAAAAUGAAAUAAAAAACAAAUGUAUGCUCCUGCUCUCUUCUCUGCUUCCAGCAGAAGGAUGGCUCCCUCCGAUCCCAUAUAUCUGCUUCUUCUCACUUUUGGGAGCUCAUAGCUGGCUCAGUUCUGAAAGUCAUUUUCCCUUACCCUGAUACUUCUGGGCACAUAGUCCUAUUCUUGCCUCCUGAAGCUUCCCUGUUAAGGAUGGCUGGUCAGCUGAUUCACAGAGGCGCUCUCUCACUGUUGCUCUUCCUAUCACCAGCAGUGACACCAACAUGGUAUGCAGGCUCAGGCUACUAUCCAGAUGAAAGCUACAAUGAAGUAAAUGCAGAAGAGGCCCCAGUUGCCCGCACCCUGGAUUACCGAGUCCCCCGAUGGUGUUAUACAUUGAAUAUCCAGGACGGAGAAGCAACUUGCUACUCACCAAGGGGAGGAAAUUAUCAUAGCAGCCUAGGCACACGUUGUGAGCUAUCCUGUGACCGGGGCUUUCGACUGAUUGGACGGAGGUCGGUGCAAUGCUUGCCAAGCCGGCGUUGGUCUGGAACUGCCUACUGCAGGCAGAUGAGAUGCCAUGCACUGCCAUUCAUCACUAGCGGCACCUACACCUGCACAAACGGGGUGCUGCUUGAUUCCCGCUGUGACUAUAGCUGUUCCAGUGGCUACCACUUAGAAGGUGAUCGCAGUCGUAUCUGCAUGGAUGAUGGACGAUGGAGUGGAGGCGAGCCUGUAUGUGUAGACAUAGAUCCACCCAAGAUCCGUUGUCCUCAUUCACGUGAGAAGAUGGCAGAGCCAGAGAAAUUAACUGCUCGAGUAUACUGGGACCCACCGGUGGUGAAAGAUUCUGCCGAUGGUACCAUCACCAGGGUGACACUUAAGGGUCCAGAGCCUGGUUCUCACUUCCCUGAAGGAGAGCAUGUGAUUCGUUACACUGCCUAUGACCAAGCCUACAACCGGGCCAGCUGCAAGUUCAUUGUAAAAGUACAAGUAAGACGGUGCCCAAUUCUGAAACCACCACAGCAUGGCUACCUCACCUGCACCUCCGCUGGAGACAACUAUGGAGCCACCUGUGAAUACCAUUGUGAUGGUGGUUAUGAACGCCAGGGCACCCCAUCCCGAGUCUGCCAGUCAAGUCGACAGUGGUCGGGAUCACCGCCUAUCUGUACUCGUAUGAAGAUUAAUGUGAAUGUCAACUCAGCUGCUGGCCUCCUGGAUCAGUUCUAUGAGAAACAGCGACUCCUCAUAGUCUCAGCUCCUGAUCCCUCCAAUCGAUACUACAAAAUGCAGAUCUCCAUGCUGCAGCAAUCCACCUGUGGACUGGACUUGAGGCAUGUGACCAUUAUUGAGCUGGUGGGGCAGCCACCUCAGGAGGUGGGACGCAUCCGGGAGCAACAACUGUCAGCCAGCAUCAUUGAGGAGCUCAGGCAAUUCCAACGCCUCACUCGUUCCUACUUCAACAUGGUGUUAAUUGACAAGCAGGGUAUUGACCGGGAACGCUACAUGGAACCUGUCACCCCUGAGGAAAUCUUCACAUUCAUCGAUGACUACCUGCUGAGCAACCAGGAGCUGGCACAGCGUCGUGAGCAAAGGGAUGUGUGCGAGUGACCUUGAGUCAGGGUGUGGCCAAGGUCAAGUGUACAACUGUCCUAGGUAGCUUUAACUGAGGAGGAAAUAUUUUCCCAGUGUUGGGAGCCGGACUCAGGUGGGGGUGAGGUUUGCCAAAUCUAGUACGGUUCCAGGCAUCAUUUUAGGGUAGAAUAAUUGUUUCCCUAAGCAAGGCUCCAUUUCAGGUAGCCCUGGAGGAGCAUAUGAAAGUAGGUUGGGACUUAGGACAGGCCCUGGGCAGUGGAUCGGGUGUAAAUGGUCUUCUUCUCCUGACUAGAGCCUCUGCCUAGCUCUCCAAACUCUUUCAGAGAAGUAAAUCCUAAAUUCAUUCA